AUGGACUUGCUUAGCUCACGGUUGGAUACUCCUUUCAAUAGCAGUGGGGUACGGAUAUCCAAUUCCGGAGCAACUCGUUGUGCCAGCUGUACGAUGCGAGCCUCAUUUGGUAGUGGCGAAGCGGCCUACUCACGUAUGGUCUCCAAGUCCAGUACUAAACUGCUGAAUUCGCUUUGGGAUAAGAAGCAAAUACCAGAAGAAGGCUGGCCAGAUCAUGCUUUGGAACUGUUUCUAUCAUGGCUCGCCUGUCACGACACCAACAACCGUGUGGAUAUGGCCUCCAUAGGCGCAGGUGAAAGAGAGGGACGCGUGGUGUGUCCUCUAGUGCGAAGGCUUCAUUGCAGCCUCACCCAUGGUAUCGGUCGGAGUGGGAAUAUCGCUGACAUUCAACCAAAAGCCCUUGGCUCUUCUAUGCUUGCCUGUCUCGCAAACGAGCUCGCAUUGCAUGCGAUUCAGGAAAUCGGCAUCACUUCAUGCAGAGCAGCCCUCGUCGUUCCCAUAUGUACUGGUAUGGCUUUAUCACUAUGUAUGGGAUCGUGGAGACGUCUGAGACCCGAAGCAAAAUACGUCCUUUGGCUACGAGUCGACCAGAAAUCCUGCUUCAAGUCAAUUUAUCACGCAGGCUUCGAACCCAUUAUACUGGAUCCGAUACGUGACGGUGAUGCAUUAGUGACUGAUGUAGAUACCGUCAAUAGGAUACUGGAGCAGCGUGCCGAACAGAUUCUCUGUGUCAUGUCUACGACCUCCUGUUUUGCUCCACGAAGUCCGGACUCGUUAGAGGCAAUAUCUGGUCUAUGUCAGUUGUAUCAAGUUCCACAUCUCGUGAAUAAUGCCUAUGGGCUUCAAAGCGAAGAAUGUGUCCGGAGAAUAAAUGCGAGCCGAGCGGCUGGUCGUAUUGAUGCGUUUGUGCAGUCUCUCGAUAAGAAUUUCCAGGUACCUGUUGGUGGAGCUAUUAUAGGAACAUUCAAACAGAGUGCCAUAAAGACAAUAGCCCAAUUCUAUCCAGGACGUGCUUCAUGUGUUCCAUCUCGGGACCUAGUGCUCACACUGCUUCACCAGGGUCGUAGAGGUCUGCUCGAAUCCUACGAUGCACAACGAAGGUUAUUCCAGAAAAUGAAAAGACGUUUGACUUUGUUUGCAGCAGAUAUCGGUGAAUUCGUAUAUGACGUGGAAGAUAAUCAAAUAAGUCUAGGUAAUUAUUUUGUAAUUGAAAUUUCAUAA